AUUCAUGUCCCUGAAUGCAUAGUGAGUGCCUCGACACUGGCAGCCUUGAUGCCUUGAGGUAUAGAAUACUAGCAUACCCAACGCCCAGGGCAUCCUGUGAGGCACCCCUCCGGAAAGUAAAGCAGGGCGCACAGAUCCACCGGACUGUAAGGUGACGAAAACGAAGAUGGUGUUCCGUGGCGCGCACGCGAGCCCGGCCUUGCACCACUCCGGCGAGAGCAUGACCACCGAGAGCGAGCUGUCGUCCAGCAUGGAGGAGGCGUCGGCGUCCAGUAACUGGAGCGGCGGCAACGGGUCGGAGGCGGCGGCCAGCUGCGACGUGUCCCCGCAGGUGCCGGAGGGCAUCCAGGCGCUCAUGUACCUCAUGUACAUCGCCGUAUCGGUGGCAGCCAUUGGCGGAAACGGCAUCGUCUGCUACAUCGUGAUUGCCUACCAGCGCAUGCGCACCGUCACGAACAUGUUCAUCAUGAACCUGGCCAUCGGCGACAUUUUGAUGGCCUGCCUUUGCAUCCCAUUCACUUUCGUGUCCAACCUUCUGCUGGGCUACUGGCCUUUCGGCGGCGUCAUGUGCGUGUUGGUAACGUACGCGCAAUGCGUGACCGUCUUCAUCUCGGCCUACACUCUGAUCGCUAUCUCGGUGGACCGGUACACGGCCAUCGUGUACCCGCUGCGGCCCCGCAUGACCAAGCUGCGCUCCAAGCUCAUCAUUGCGCUUGUCUGGCUCGUGGCGCUGGUGACGCCGCUGCCCACGGCGCUCGUGACGCAGCUGGUGCCGCACCCGUGCGCCAACCGCACCUACUACUGCCUCGAGCAGUGGGGGCGGCCCGAGCAGACCGCCUACUACAGCAUGGCGCUCAUGAUACUCCAGUACUUCUUCCCGCUGCUCGUGCUCAUCUUCACGUACACGCGCAUCGCGGUCGUCGUCUGGGGAAAGGAGACUCCCGGCGAAGCCCAGGACGCCCGCGACCAGCGGAUGGCUGCCUCCAAGCGAAAGAUGCUCUCGGUCGACUAGUCGCUCCUCCCUUGUCCUCCAUGUUCGACGCUGGUGCCAG